CCCCCCGCCCCGGAGGCAGGAUGAGCAUCGAGAUCCCGGCGGGGCUGACGGAGCUGCUGCAGGGCUUCACCGUGGAGGUGCUGAGGCACCAGCCCGCGGACCUGCUGGAGUUCGCGCUGCAGCACUUCACGCGCCUGCAGCAGGAGAACGAGCGCAAAGGCGCCGCGCGCUUCGGCCAUGAGGGCAGGACCUGGGGGGACACGGGCGCCGCCACCGGGGGCGGCACCCCGGUCAAGGGAGUCAACUUCGCCGAGGAGCCCGUGCACGCCGACUCCGAGAACGGGGAGGAGGAGGAGGCCGCGGACACUGGGGCGUUCAAUGCUCCAGUAAUAAACCGAUUCACAAGGCGUGCCUCAGUAUGUGCAGAAGCCUAUAAUCCUGAUGAAGAAGAAGAUGAUGCAGAAUCCAGGAUUAUACACCCCAAAACUGAUGAUCAAAGAAAUAGAUUGCAAGAGGCUUGCAAAGACAUCCUGCUGUUUAAGAACCUGGAUCCGGAGCAGAUGUCUCAAGUAUUAGAUGCCAUGUUUGAAAAAUUGGUCAAAGAAGGGGAGCACGUAAUCGAUCAAGGUGAUGAUGGUGACAACUUUUAUGUAAUUGACAGAGGAACAUUUGACAUCUAUGUAAAAUGUGACGGUGUUGGGCGAUGUGUUGGUAACUACGAUAACCGUGGAAGCUUUGGAGAACUGGCCUUAAUGUACAACACACCCAGAGCAGCGACAAUCACUGCUACCUCUCCUGGUGCUCUCUGGGGUUUGGACAGGGUAACCUUCAGGAGAAUAAUUGUGAAAAAUAAUGCCAAAAAGAGAAAAAUGUAUGAAAGCUUUAUUGAGUCACUGCCAUUCCUCAAAUCUUUGGAGGUCUCUGAACGCCUGAAAGUAGUAGAUGUAAUAGGAACCAAAGUAUACAACGAUGGAGAACAAAUUAUAGCUCAGGGAGACUCGGCAGAUUCUUUUUUCAUUGUAGAAUCUGGAGAGGUGAAGAUUACUAUGAAAAGGAAGGGUAAAUCAGAAGUGGAAGAGAAUGAUGCGGUAGAAAUCGCUCGAUGUUCUCGGGGACAGUACUUUGGAGAGCUCGCCCUGGUAACUAACAAGCCUCGAGCUGCCUCUGCACACGCCAUUGGGACUGUCAAAUGUUUAGCCAUGGAUGUGCAGGCAUUUGAAAGGCUUUUGGGACCUUGCAUGGAAAUUAUGAAAAGGAACAUCACCACCUAUGAAGAACAGUUAGUUGCCCUGUUUGGAACAAACAUGGAUAUUGUCGAAUCCACUGCAUGAAGCAAAAGUAUGGAGCAAGAAGACCUGUAGUGACAAAAUUACACAGUAGUGGUUAGUCCACUGAGAACGUGUUUGUGUAGAUGCCGAGCAUUUUCUGUGAUUUCA